AUGGCUGCAGAUGUUACUUCUUCUUCCUCCGACUCACAGACAAGACGGAGCUCAAACUCAGAAAUUUUGAUCACCAAAGACUUGCUCGGAGCCUCUCCGAUUUCUAACUCAGAAUCGGAUCUGCAGAAUGAACAACGAGUGAGAUGCAAGUCACCAAACACACCAUUAUCAUCCAUUCAGCAUCAGAAAACUCCGAAAACAAGAGGAAUCAUCCUCAGGAAACAAACCCAGAUGCAGAUUUCCAGACUUGAAUUACCACCAUGUUCACACAUCACCACCGAAACAAACACAUCAAAUCAACCAUUUCCUGGAAGAAACUUGCCUGAUUUGAAGCUGCAAUCCUCAAACCAUUACCAAAGUGUUUGCACUCUCGACAAGGUCAAAUCCGCUCUGCAAAGAGCCGAAAAGAAACCUGGAAAAGAAAAGACCUUAUUCUUCUCCUCUCCUUCGCCAGGGCCCUUAAAUUCAUCAUCUCUCUCAGGUCCUGGAAUGUUUGCAGCAGGCUGCCCUGGUUGCCUGCUUUAUGUAAUCACAUUAAAAACAAAUCCCAGAUGUCCUCGUUGCAACGCCACCGUGCCGUCUCCGUGUGCGGUGAAGAAGGCGAAAAUUGAUCUGAAUUCAUCGUUUUGA